AUGGCUGAAAAGAACAAAUGUGUUAACUUUUUGUCAACUAUGCACAAUGAUGACCAUAUUGAUGAAACCACAGGAUAUUUGAAGAAAUCUGAAUUUUUCUCAAAUGGUGUGUACCUUCGAUUAACUCUGGAUUUGAGAAGUAGAGUCUUGAGCAUCAGAGAUGAAGUCUCUGAUGUUUCGUCGGUCACUAAAUCCCCUCUGCCUGCUCCAAAAUUUUUCACAAAACAGUCAUUUUCUUCUAAAAAGGAAAGGCUGAGUUUUCCUGCAUCAAAGCCACCUCCGACCCCUAGAAUAAAAGUUCAAGGUAAAGGCUGUGCUUCUGUGAGUCGUUUAUUUUCUAAUCAAAGCGGCUAUUCAGACCAAGCCCAGAGUAUCAGUUUUCGAGAUUCAGCAUCAUCAUUAUCUUCAAAAUAUGAUUCCAGCAGUAAUAAAUUAUACUUUCAUCAGUGUUUUGAAGUCAUAUGUAAGCUUGGCUCUGGAUCAUUUGGAGAUGUUUUUAAAGUAAAAUGCAAAGAAGACGGAAAAUAUUAUGCAGUCAAACGUGCUAAAGAAAAAUUUACUGGAAGAUCUGACAGAGCACGGAAAAUACAGGAAGUCCAGAAGCAUGAACAACUACCUAGUCAUCCAAACUGUGUUACCUUUUACAAAGCUUGGGAAGAAAAACAGUAUCUUUACAUUCAAACUGAAUUAUGUAGUUGUAGCUUAAGUCAAUAUGCAGAUAAGAAUCAUAACAUUCCAGAAAGUAUCAUCUGGUCGUACUUAAUCGAUUUGUUAUCAGCUGUGAAGCAUUUACAUAACCACAAUUUAGUUCAUUUAGAUAUUAAACCUGACAAUAUUUUUAUUUCGGAGGAUGGUGUGUGCAAACUCGGUGAUUUUGGUCUAGUUCUUGAUCUGUCAAAGCCUGAUGUUACAGAUGCAAUAGAAGGAGAUCCAAGAUACAUAGCACCAGAAUUAAUGCAAGGCAUUUUUACAAAAGCUGCUGAUAUUUUCAGCUUGGGUAUUACUAUACUAGAGCUGGCUUGUGACUUAGACUUGCCUCAAGGUGAUGAAAUGUGGCAUCAGUUGAGAAAAUUGGAAAUACCAGCAGAAUUUUUGAAAGGCCUUAGUUUUGAGCUUUGUGAAGUGAUAUUUGCUAUGAUGGAGCCUGAUUACUUAAAAAGGCCUACAGUCGCUGAUAUUUUUCAAAUUGAUUCUGUAAAUAAAGUAUUCCAUAAAAAGUCAGUCCAUUUCUCACAUUUGGUACAAAAUUGCUUCACACCAGAAAGUUAUAAAUCACCAUCUUCAGACUGGAGUUCCAGUAUACCUGAUGAUGUGUUUUAUGAGAAUGCUCAUAAGAUCCACAGUAUAUUGAACGACUCAUGCAGUGGGGAAAAUCACUCUAUUUUCAAUGAUUUAUCGUUUUGUGAUAGCCAUAGCUCCAGUUUUGAAUGUUCACAAGCAGCAUGUCUGGCAAUGUCUACUCCAUGUGGAUUUCGUUAUUGGAAAGAAAAGCUUCAUGAUGCUUCCGGAUCUCCUUGUUUGUCUAGUAGCAAAAAAAAAGGGAUUUCUCCUUCUUCUGGUGUUAGCCCUAAACAGUUUAAAAGUCCUCGUUUACAACUUUUCAAAGAAAGUGAUUCAGAUGAUGAUCUCAGUUUGAUUUCAAAUAUUCCACCAAAGAACCUGAUGAGUGUAUUUGACUCAUUGACAGAAGAUUGAUCAUAAUUUUAGGAAAUAUUCAGCAUUUUGCUGUUUGGUGUAUAUGUAUAACUUCGCAUUAAAAAGUUUGUAAAUAAUGUAAAUUAUUGAAUUGAUCCCUUCAUUUAUUUGAAGACAUUUUAUAGUGCUGUAGUGUUCAUGUUAUUAAUUUUUAUUUCUAUAAAAAAUAUUAUGCAAAUGUUUUGUAUAUUUUAUGCACAAUAAAACAAAAUAUAUUUCUUA